AUGGGGGAAGUCUAUCAGCUUACAGACUUGUUUCCUUCUUUCAAUUUUCUUGCCUUGAUCAGUCAUGCAAGGGCUGAAAUUGAGAGACAGAAGCACAGGGCUGAAAGGAUAAUUGAAAACAUCAUCCAAGAACAUAAAGAGAAGAACAAGUCAUCUGUGAAAACUGCUGAAAGUAAAACACAUGAAGAUUUUGUAGAUGUUCUUCUAAAGUUUCAUAACAAGGAUGACCUUGGUUUUUCCUUAACAAGUAACAAUGUCAAAGCAAUUAUUUGGGACAUCUUUUCUGCAGGGAGUGAGACAUCAGCUACAGCUGUAGAUUGGGCAAUGGUAGAAAUUAUAAGGAACCCAAGAGUAAUGAAAAGAGCACAAGAGGAGGUGAGGGAAGUCUUUAACAGAAAAGGUAGAGUUGAUGAAGAAGGAGUUGCUGAUAUGAAAUACUUGAAAUCAUUAGUCAAAGAGACACUGAGAUUGCACCCUUCUAAUCCAUUACUACCAAGAGAAAGUAGGGAGAAGUGUGUGAUUAAUGGUUAUGAGAUACCUGUGAAAACCAGGAUCAUAGUUAAUGCAUGGGCAAUAGGAAGAGAUCCUAAGUAUUGGACUGAACCAGAGAGUUUUAUACCAGAAAGGUUCCUUGACAGCACCAUCGACUUCAAGGGGGGCAAUUUUGAGUAUAUCCCAUUUGGUGCAGGAAGGAGAAUAUGUCCAGGCAUGUCAUUUGGUCUCAUCAACAUUGAGCUUCCCCUUGCAAUUUUGUUGUACAAUUUUGAUUGGAAACUCCCUAAUGGAAUGAGCCAUGAAGAUUUGGAUAUGACUAUGUGUUUUGGUGUAACAGUGAGGAGAAAAGAUCAUCUUCACUUGAUUCCUAUUGCUCAUGAUAUUUCAUGUGUUGAAAAAUGA